UGGCUGUGUGUGUGUGUUUGUACUCCGUACGGUGCGACUGGCUGGCUGUCAACCUUUUGUGUGUAAAUAUUAAUGGACUGACCGAAAUCCGUGUUAAUUUCGCGUUUCCGCGACGUCAACUUACGUCCGAGGUGUGUUCCUAUAGUCGGGCUAUCGCGAAAAAUGUGAGUGCGAGAGUUUUUUUCUCACGAAUGCUUGGGAACCGGUACGGAGCGUGAACUUUUGCCCCGAAGACCCGACUUAUGCGUCCGGAAGGCGGUUUCUAGUGCCGGGGAUCCUUUCCGAGGCUGGAUUUGGCCGGGAGAUGUCCGCGAACUAGUCGGCCGAUGGGUCGUUCGCCCCGUUCUCAGCAGCGAUUUUGUUUUGAUUUUUGUGGAUGCAACUAUGAAUAGGCCCCUUUGUAUCGCCGUUUUGAUAGCUCUACGCUCGCUGGCACUUACAACCUCGACGGUGGACUAUGAAGACUACGAUGAAGAGAUCGAAGACCUAUCGAACAUCAACUCAACGUCAAACGGGACGUUGGUGUUCACCAGGGAGCUGACGAACCUCACUAGGGAGUCCGGCAAGAUGGCCAAGCUGAUCUGCGAGGCGCAGAACCUGGACACGAACAACACCAACGGCAGAGUUGGUUUCGUUUGGAAGUUGAACGAAGUGCCUGUAGAGACGGACGAUAGGUUCAAGAUCAGGAACGUCAAGGUCAAGGAUCACGUGUUCAGGUCGACCCUGAGGGUGACAAAACUGGAGUACUUCGACAGGGGGUUCCUGGACUGCAUAGCGAGCAACGGCGUGGAUAAGGUCAAGUCUUCCGCCUUCUUGGAGAUUAACCAGGAGUUGCACAAGUGGGGCAGCACAGACGUCAACACCCUCAAAAUUGCCAGCACGCAUCCAGACGGUUUCGGGGAGAUAACGACCUUCCUCCCCAACACCAUUGUCAAAUCCCACACCGACCCCUACCUGUCCACCGCGGGCGCCAAGACGAAGACCUUCUCGGCCCCCAUCCAGUUCGACCUGGACUCGUCGGGCAAACUGACCGACAACGUGCCCAUCUACAACAACUCGGAGCCCUUCUGCCAGCCCUACAAGGGACGGAGGUGCAGCCAGUACCUCGAGGGCAAGUACGUCUUCGUCCAGCCCCCCUACACCCAGCAGGAGAUCGAGGCCAAGCUGGACGCCGCCUUCUUAGUCAUAUCUCAGAGCAACGACAUAUCCCCUAGCUGUAACAAAUUCGCUCAGCCCAGCAUCUGCUUCUCGGCCUUCCCCCUGUGCAAGGACCCCCAGCAGAUCAACAUGUACCAGACGGACCACCUCCACGAGUUCCGGGCCGUGACGGCGGAGUCCCGACACAAAUUCAAGUCCAUCCGCGCGAAACUGAGGAAUUUCCUCAGGCGUAUCUGCCGGGACGAGUGUAUAUUGUUGGAGAACGAGCUGUGCAGCAAGGAGUACUCCAUAGCCAAGAGGCAUCUGUUGAUCGGUCAGAUCAUGGACCUGGAGGAGUGCGAGCAGCUGCCGUUGGAGAGCGAGGUCAGUUCGACGCACUGCCUGUCCCUGGGGGUGGGAGACUUGACGUUGAAUAAGGAGGAGAAAUGCUAUUGGGACCGGGGCCGACUGUACAGGGGGGACCAAGACAGGGCGGUGACCGGCGAAAAGUGCCUGCGCUGGUCCCACCAGUUCCACAUGCCCCUUUCCGACUACCCCGAACUGGCAGGCCACAAUUAUUGCAGGAACCCCGGCGAUACGGAGGACGAACCUUUCUGUUACGUCGAGCAGAACAGGAAAGAGACCUGCGGAAUAUCGAAAUGCGUGUACAUUUACGGCAUAUACGUCCUGGCCAUAGCCGUGGUCAUCGGCUUAGCCCUGGGCAUCGUCUUCGCGUACUGCUACUGCAAGCGACGGGGCAAAGUCGCCAGGAACCUUCAAAAUAAGGACCUGCCCCAGGUGAGCAAGAACAUUUACGGGAAUCCGGGACCGAGCUCGCCCAUGGAGCUGAACACGCUGCUGCCCAGCGUCCCGCCGCAGAGGAACCACCACGGUUCGAACAAGAACGGGUUGCAGACGGUGCCGCAGUACACGUACAAGGAGGUCAGGUUCUUGGACGAGUUGGGAGAGGGAGCUUUCGGAAAAGUGUACAAAGGCGAACUGAAGACGAAGACGGGCAAGAUAUUCGUGGCGGUGAAGUCGCUGAAGGAGAACGCCAGCGCUAAGACGCAGGCGGACUUCCAGCGGGAGAUCGAGUUGAUCUCGGAGCUGAAGCAUCCGAACAUCAUCUGUCUCCUGGGGGUCGUGAUGAAGCAGGAGCCCAUGUGCAUGCUGUUCGAGUACAUGUCGGAGGGGGACUUGCACGAGUUCCUGAUAGCCAACUCGCCGGAGGAGGGCAAGUGUCUGACGCACGACCAGUUUUUGGACAUGGCCAUCCAGAUCGCUCAAGGUAUGGAGUACCUCUCGGGCAACCAUUACGUCCACAGGGACUUGGCGGCGCGCAACUGCCUGGUAUCCAAAGAUUUAGUAGUUAAAAUUAGUGACUUUGGCCUCAGCAGGGACAUGUACAGCUGUGAUUACUAUAGGGUCCAAUCUAAGUCUCUCCUGCCGGUGCGGUGGAUGCCGCCCGAGUCCAUCCUGUACGGGAAGUUCACCACCGAGAGCGACGUCUGGUCGUACGGCGUCGUCCUCUGGGAGAUCUACAGCUACGGCCUGCAGCCUUACUACGGCUACAACAACCAGGAGGUGAUCAACAUGAUACGGUCGAGGAAGCUGCUGCCGUGUCCCGACGCUUGCCCCAGCUACUGCUACGCCCUCAUGGUGGAGUGCUGGGCGGAGCAGGCCAACAGACGACCGAAUUUUAGUGAGAUCGCUCACCGUUUGAAGGUGUGGAAGCAGAGCGGAUCAACAAACGGAGCCUACUUCAAGACGGCCCCAACGCCCCUCAAGCACUCGCAGGGCUCCAAGUCCAGCCACACGUCGGACUCGCAGGCCACCUGCCCCAUUAUGGACGGCCAGGUCACAUCCUUCACGUGGGAACGGGAUAGGCACAAACCGGGCUCGAGCCGUCUCAACGACAGCCAGAGCAGCCUGACGUCGCGCUCGUCCAGCCUCGGCAACGCCACGCAGAGCACGAGCGUCAGCAAUGAGGGCAGGAGGGAGAGACGGUCACGCAAGAACGUGGAUUCGUUGGAGAGGCUCAACCCGAAGAAUACGGUGGUGAGCAGCAGCGGCAACGGGGAGGGGAUCGAGACCAAGAUCAGCCUGUAGACGGGCGGACUGUGCGGGUUGUAAAAAGUGAAUUGCGUUUUGGGUUUUUUAUUUAAAUCGUUUCGUCUCGGGGAAUUUUUCGUUGAGUUUGGGAAGUUUCGUUCGAGGAGUUUGUGAGGGCUGAAAUCCCUGAGCCUUUUUCUGAAGCGGUUGUAAAUCGGUACAAAAUUUUUUCGUAAAUUAGAAUUAGGCGAAAAUUUUAUUUAUUUGCGAAAUUGUAAACCAUGAUUUUCAACGGUUUUGUGUGUUGGCUUAGAAAGGGGGACAGGGUGAAGUUUUACGUUUUCGGAUGAAAAUAUUGAUUUUUUUGUGACGAUUUGUGUAAUUUGGUAGCUAUGAAGUUUCUAAGGAUUUUUUUGUACCUAAAUCGCGUACAGGUUUUGUUCGACAUUUUUUGGUGUAUAAUUUCGAUUUAGACAAUGCACCUGCAAAGUAACUAGUAAAUUCAAUUAAAUCGGGCAAUUUUUUCGGAGAAUAUCCUCAUAGGUUUAGAUUUUCAAUUUUAUUGGUGCAUAUUUUAACAUUUUAAUCCAAUUUUUUGAAGAAAUCGCCAAUUUUCGAAAAAUUUGUCCCGCAAAAACCGGUAUCUUUGAUUUAUAUCUGAAUUUUUUAAAUCGUUAGCCCAAGUUUUGUCAUUCUGUAUUAAAUAUCCUCAGCGAUGUUUUGUAAAAAGUGAUUUUUAAUUUCGGCGCCUCAAAAAUUAUCGGUUUUUAGAUCCAAAAAAAAUAUUAUAUAGGACUUUUAUGUUACUUUGCAAAUGCGUUAAGGUGGUUCUUUUUUUUUUAAUUAGUCUAAUAUCAAAUUUAGAACCCGAGGGUAAAAUAGCUACCAAUAUGCGAUGAUUUUUUAUUCUUGGAUCCCAAAUUUGAUAUUAAUCGGACGGUUCUUAAAAGAGUUAGGGGGUGUACGCUAUUAAAAGUAACACCCUGUAUAGUUAGAUUUUUUUAAUGUAUUUUUGUAAAUAGUAUUAAAUAAAAUAUUUAAGUCUCAUAAU